UGGUGCUGUGUAGGACUGUUCUGUGUGCAGUGCUUAUUACUCUGCCCACAGUUUACCAAGCUUUUCCAUACCAUAAAUCAAUUAAGGAGGCAUCAUGUGGAUAUGAUGCAUGCCAUGAAACCAUUCCUGGCAUGAUAAAUGUACACAUGAUACCACAUUCACAUGAUGAUGUUGGAUGGUUAAAAACAGUGGACCAGUAUUAUUAUGGAAGUAAGCCAUCUGUACGGAAAGCAGGUGUGCAGUACAUUAUAGACACUGUGAUAACAGAGCUGCAAGAAAAUCCAGACAGACGGUUUAUAUAUGUUGAGACUGCCUUCUUGUGGAAAUGGUGGCUGGAUCAUAAUGAAUCUAAGCGACAACAAGUGAUAGACCUUAUCAACUCUGGCCAGCUGGAGAUUGUUGGUGGUGCCUGGAGCAUGAAUGAUGAAGCAGCUACGCACUAUCAGUCAACAAUAGAUCAAUUCACAUGGGGACUGAGGAAAUUGAAUGACACAUUUGGAGCCUGUGGUCGCCCUCAUGUAGGGUGGCAAAUUGACCCAUUUGGUCACUCUCGGGAAAUGGCUUCUUUGUUCAGCCAAUUUGGAUAUGAUGGUGUGUUCUUUGCCAGGGCAGACUACCAAGACCUAAAGCAUCGCUUCGACACGAAAACCACCCAGAUGAUUUGGCAAGGAAGCUCAAAUUUAGGUACAGCAUCUCGCCUCUUUACUGUAGCAUUCAAUGGAACGUAUGCUCCUCCAUCUGGUUUUUGUUUUGACAUUAAUUGUGAAGAUGAACCAAUUAUUGAUGAUAUUAAUAGCCCAGACUAUAAUGUUGAUUCACGAAUUGCAGAUUUUACAGCCCACAUUGAAAAUUAUGCAUCUCAUCUCCAAACUGAACAUGUACUGGUCUCAAUGGGAGAAGAUUUUAAUUACCAAGAUGCUGCCACAUGGUUUGUCAACUUGGAUAAAUUGAAAAAAUAUAUUAACGCCAAACAGGAAGAAGGAGGCAGACUGAAUCUAUUGUAUUCAACUCCAGCCUGUUACCUGAAAGCCUUAAAUGAUGCCAACAUUACAUGGACUGUUAAAGAGGAUGACUUCUUUCCCUAUGCAAGUGAUGAGCACUCUUACUGGACGGGCUAUUUUGUUUCUCGUACAACAAGCAAAUACUUUGAAAGGCAGGCAAACAACUUUCUUCAGGUCUGCAAGCAAUUAUAUGCACUGGCAGAUGUGGAAGAAGAAUAUGAAGAGCAAUUGAGUAAUCUGCGUGAAGCACUGGGAAUCAUGCAACAUCAUGAUGCCAUUACAGGCACAGCAAGACAGAAUGUUUUUGAAGAUUACAGUCGUCUCAUAUAUGAAGGAUUUCAGCACUGUGGAAACAUUACUGAAAGAGCUCUACGCAAACUUUCAGCAUCAGAUCUGCCAUUUGUAUCUUGUUUGCUAAGAAAUGUUAGUCAGUGUGAACCAUCUGAAAUUUCUGAUACAUUUAUGGUUACUGUAUACAACCCACUGAGUCAUGAAGUCUCUUAUUAUGUCAGACUUCCAGUUCUUGGCAGUGCAUAUUCUGUGAGAGAUGCUUCAGGGAAUGAGCAGAAAGUGCAGUUGGUGCCCAUACCAGAUCCUGUUCAAAAUUUGCCUGAGAGGAAUAGUAAUGCAACAUUUGAAAUUGUGUUUCUGGCAAACAAUGUUCCACCUCUUGGCUUUCGCUCAUACUAUGUUGCAGUAGUUAACAGCACAGAUGAAGAAAUGUGGAGUGUGAUGGAAAACUCAAAUUCAUCAAUAGGAAACGAUGAUCUUCAAGCUCUGUUCAAUGAAGACACUGGUUUACUGCAGUCAAUCGUGAUUGAUGGUGAAGAGAUGGCUUUACAACAGAAUUUUCAUUAUUAUGAGGGUUGGGUAGGAAACAAUUCUGAGCCAUCACUAAGAGCCUCUGGGGCAUACAUAUUCCGCCCAAAUGGAUCUUCAGUGGCAGUGUCAUCUGCUGUUGACACAAAGAUCUUCAAAGGUGAGCUCGUUGAAGAAGUCCAUCAGACAUUUACUGACUGGAUAAGCCAAGUGACCAGAGUGUAUAAAGAUAAAAAUUAUAUUGAACUUGAAUGGUUGGUGGGUCCCAUACCAGUUGAUGAUGGUAUUGGAAAAGAAGUGAUCACUCGCAUAACAACAGACUUAGUGAACAAUAACACAUUUUAUACUGACUCAAAUGGUAGAGAAAUGUUGAAAAGGGUAAUCAACUUCAGACCUACGUGGGACUUAGAGGUUUAUGAACCAAUUUCUGGAAAUUACUAUCCUAUAACUUCAAAAAUAGUUAUAGAAGAUGUGUCUAAAGGACUACAAUUAGCUAUUUUGAAUGACAGAGCACAAGGAGGAUCCAGCCUGAGAAAUGGAGAAAUUGAAAUAAUGGUACAUCGACGUCUGUUGUAUGAUGAUGGGAAAGGCGUUGGUGAAGCACUUGAAGAUGAAGCAUUUGGUAAGGGCCGAAUUGCAAGAGGGAAGCAUUAUUUGGUUGUAGGCCCAACUGAAGGAUCAGGAAACAUGAGCCUUGCAGCCCAAGAGAGACUGCUGGCGCAAGAGAAGUUGCUGAGCCCAUGGAUUUUUGUUACUCCACUAAGCAUGUCAUUUGAUGAAUGGACAUCUUACACUACAGAGUUCUCAGGAAUUCUUCAAAACAUCCCACAAAAUGUCCACAUUCUAACACUGGAACCGUGGAAGAAUAAUACAGUGCUACUGCGGCUGGAACAUAUAUUUGAAAAGAAUGAAGAUCUUGUUCUUUCAGAUGCAGCUGUAGUGAAUUUGGAGGAGCUGUUUACACCAUUUGUUGUGAAGUCCAUACGUGAAACAACACUGGCUGCAAACCAGUGGCUUGGGGAAUAUGACAGGCUCAACUGGACAGACACAUCAGGCAUAAGUAUGGACAGCUGGGAGGUCCCUAAUGAUAUUCCUAAUAUCUCUCUCAAACCUAUGCAAAUCAGAACAUUUGUUGUUGAAGUAACUCGGUAAGAUAUUAGCAAAUAUUUGAUUUUUCACA